AAGAUAACGGCGCUCCUGGCGAGCUUAAUGUCGUACUAUCCAGUAGGUGAUUGGCGACGGGUCGAGCGAGUCAAGUGAUUAAAAAAUGGCAUCCGCGACAUCGUCGCACGAUGAGAUUUCACAGCAAUUUUCGGUUAACAAACUCAUCCGCGUCGGUUAUUACGAAUUGGAGAAAACCAUCGGUAAAGGGAACUUUGCUGUUGUCAAAAUGGCCACCCACGUUGUCACCAAAUCAAAGGUAGCCAUAAAGAUAAUAGAUAAAACAAAAUUAAAUGAAGAGAACUUGGCUAAAAUCUUCCGUGAAGUAUACAUCAUGAAGAGGCUUCGGCAUCCGCAUAUCAUUCGCCUAUAUCAAGUUAUGGAAACAGAGAAGAUGAUAUAUCUGGUCACAGAAUAUGCAGCAGGAGGAGAAAUAUUUGAUCAUUUAGUAAGAAAUGGAAGAAUGUCAGAACCAGAAGCAAGACGAGUAUUUCGUCAGAUUGUUCAGGCUGUGCGUUACCUACACCAACAGAAAGUGGUUCAUCGAGAUCUUAAGGCUGAGAAUUUGCUACUUGACGUAGACAAUAACAUAAAGUUGGCUGAUUUUGGAUUCAGCAAUGAAUAUACGCCAGGAGUACCCUUGAGUACCUGGUGUGGUUCCCCUCCCUACGCUGCGCCUGAAAUAUUUAAAGGAACACAUUACGAUGGGCCCAGAGCAGAUGUAUGGAGUCUCGGUGUAGUAUUGUACGUGUUAGUUUGUGGUGCCCUGCCAUUUGACGGGCCUACAAUGCAGUCGCUGCGCUCUGUGGUGAUCUCGGGGAAAUUUAGGAUACCUUUUUUCAUGUCUGCAGAGUGUGAAAGGCUCAUUAGACAUAUGCUGGUAGUAGAACCAGAGCGGCGAUUGAGCAUAACACAAAUUUUGACUCAUCCCUGGAUGGGCGGAGAUGGUGUAACUGAACCUGAACCUGGAGGGUGCAAUGCUGAGCCACCUCCUCCACCACAGCUUAACCAAUUAGUAAUAGAACAUAUGCUCAGGCUACCUGGUCUUAGUGCGGACACGUUAUUACAAGCCGUGCAAGGUAAUGCCUUUGACCAUGUUUCGGCUAUUUAUAACCUACUCGCUGAUCAACUGGAACCAAGCAUGCCCAGCAUUCCCAGCAUACAAAGUAUACCUGGUGAUUACAUGCCUGAUGGCGCUCACCAACUGGAAAAGUUCGGCGAAGCGGAAGCUGAAACAGAAGAACGUAGUGGCCUUCAUUUGCCUUCUGGAACACCUUAUCACGCAACCAGGAGACACACAGUUGGUCCUGGGGAUGCCGCUCACCAGCCUCCCACACCACACCCUUAUAUAUGUACCUAUGUUCCAGGAUAUCCACCCCUUUCGUUAUUACCAACAUUACAAUGUAAUAUUGACCCUCAUCUGCUCCCACAUACUAAUCUUCCGUUAAACCUCCCUCUUGUCCAGCACCAACCUCCCCAAAACUUCCAAAUCAAAGACCAACAUCUUUUGAAACCACCCAUCGUUAUGGGAGCGACUGGUGGUUUCGGAAGAAGAGCCUCGGAUGGGGGAGCUAAUUUGCAUGUAUUUUACCAGCAACAACAUGGAACCAGUGGUGGAAACAGUGACGAUGGUGGCUGGAGUCAACCGGGAAGUCGGGAGCACUUACAACCAUUACAGACUGGCAGUCCAACGAUGGUACCUUGCUCGCCACCACUAAGUGUGGGGGUUGGUGGUGGAAGUGGCGAAGGUGUUGGUAGCGGGGGUGGAGGUGGAGGGACUGACCGAAGAAGACGAAGCGGACUCACCACAGUCAUGCAGCGUCCAGUUAUAAAUCCGGAGCUGGUCAUGGAGGUGGAAGCUAGGAUGAAUAGAGCGUAUCUUCCGCCAAGAUUGCUGCCGCCCCACCUUAGAGCACCUGCACUUCCUCAACACAGGAAAACUUCUUUGUUCUUCAAUAGUGCUGGUAGUAGGGACUCGUAUAAGGAGCCAAGCAUGCACGUUGCUUCAGAGCGAUAUUCUCCGGUUCGUCGAGCCUCGGAAGGGUCAGGUCCUCCAGGUCCUGGAAUCCAGGCACUUCAACACGAGUACCAACAGCUUCAAAGACUCGCAUCACCGUCGCAUAGUCCCGCCAGCAUACCUGGAAGUCCUGUACACGAGAGAGGUGUUGCUGCAAUAACACAAGGUCUGAGUGGACUAAGCACAGCUCCUGUCCAAGGUAGCAUAGUCCACGGUACACCGGCACAACCUCCAGCUACACCUCUGGAUUUGAGUCCACUGCGACACCACAGAUCUCCAGCAACAACGCCAGUUAGUUAUUCCCCUAGUAAUAGCCCAGCGUUGGACAUGAUACAAGAAGAACAUCCAAUCGAUGUACCCAGAAUACCACCUCCACAAAUAUCAGUAACAGACGUACUAGGUGAUCAAGUGACACUCGUCGAUGGAUCACCCUCUCCAUCUCCAUCUAUAGACUCACUGGAAGACGCUUUACCGCAUUACAAACCACUUCCAAGUUUUAUUAUUUCGGAGCCUUGCGAUCCGUCGAGACCAAGUAUCACGAGAGGUAUCGGGAGGCCAUUGAAUGUUACUAUACCGACAGAAGUGGAGGUGAAAUUAUCGGACGAAUCGAGUAGGUUAAAUUCAGAUGCUAUUUUAGGUCGAGUAAAGCAAAUUAUUGACGCUCGUGCACCUCCUAAGGGUUUUAUUUUCUCAAGAGAAGAAGUUGAGGGCGGAGGUCUUAGUUUAGAGUAUCCGGGCGGCGUGCAAAUUGAACUCAGGGUGUAUGAAUCGGAGGAGAGAGAGGUCAAAGGGAUAAAAAUGCGACGAAUAAGUGGGGACCAACUACAGUACAGUCAACUUUGUCAACAGUUGAUAUCGUGCAUCACUGUUUGACGAUAUCUGGCGUGUAACCAAAUCUUUCAUUUAUUUUUUAUUGUUGCGAAUUACAUUCCUGGUGCCACAUACACCGCACGUCACAGUAUUGCACACGCAUGCUAUCAUACGCAUAAAUAUAGUUUAUUAGAUUAUGCUGUUUCGUAUUACUAUAUUCAUACAUAUUACGUUUAGUAGAUUCAAUAGUUUAAUACGUUUUUUAACACAUUGUACAUGAAUUACUGCACUGUACUAAUACAGGAAUAGAAAUCAGCUAGUCAUAGCUUGCAAAAAAUAUUCACUCGAUGAGAUUUAGUUUGGCGAGCAAUUAUCUAAAAAAUUUCACAAGUUUACUGAUUUUUCUAGAUACCGUGUAGCUUGUAGGGGGAAAAAAAACAAACUUUUCUACUAUUUCCAUAUUCACAAACUUUUAAUAUUGACCACAGUGCUGAAUCGUAUUGUAUAGAGGAAUGAAGUAGAAUUUCUCAAUUUUUAUUAUUUCGCGUAAAAAAUUGAAUAUGUAGUUUAGGUACUCUCGCUAUAUCGAAAUACCUAGAAUGAAUGUCAAAUUUUUUAUUUGAUACCGUUGCAUGAUAUAUCCAUUCGAGGAAUCUAUUAUUUUUUUUGCAAUCUGAAUUUGUCACUUGAUCGAGUCCAGCAACGAGUUUUCUCAACUCGAGUUCCUCAUGAUUUUCGAAAUUUGUAUCAAUCCCCUUUUUUUAUUAUACUAUACAAGUAGUUUGUUGAGAAAAUUGCUGCAAUAGUUUAUCACAUGCUAAUCCAACCGCUAUGAAACUGUUUCUGCAAAGACUAACAAUUUAUUCGUAGUAGGCCAUGAUAUCAUGGAAAUUCUAAAAAAUUCUCAUCUUUAAAAUCGAUUUUAAUUUUCCAUUUUGCUCAAGGAAAAGGGUUACCUAACUAGCAAUCCAUCAACUUCCAGGCAAAAGCGACAAAUAUUCAAAAUUUAAUUACCCGUAUUAUUACAGUUCGUACAGCAGUAUUUCAUAUUACUUUUAUUUUAAUGGACUCAUUGAAAAUAUAUAUAUAUAUUUAGAAUGUCAUAUCGUCAUACUACUGUGAAUAGUAAAUUUAGGUGUAAAUAUAUCUGGGACUCUGAGGAUCAUUCGUAAGAACCUAGGUUGCGGGUGAAUAUGGCCCACUUAAUUUAACUGACAAAGUAAAUAUUGCUCCCUCCAAGCUUUUUAUAUGGCAAACCCAAUCUACAUAUCUUUUACGUUCAGAUAAUUUUUUAAGCAGAUGCUUUUCCUGAACCUAAACAUCAUAUUCCAUCACAACUCGAUGAUCUCCUCUGUUGGACCAUGUCCUGUUUCAAUCAAUUAGAAAAUUUUCUACAAUUUAUCUCCGUAGCCUUUCUAUGAAUGCUGCAUCAGUUGACUGGUGGCUUAUUAUUAUUUCAAUUUUUCAAACUACGUAGAUACAAAAUGUUGAUCAAUUUGUAUAAGUAAAAUCGAAUGGUCCUGUCUAACAGGAACGAAACCGUAAUGUAGAUAAACGACUGCCGUAAAACGAUGUUUUGACGGUCAAGUUUGGUUGAUCAUUAUUAUGUUAUUUUAGCAUUAACUUUUUUUGUGGCAGAAUUAUCGAAUGUACCUAAAGUAUAGGGAAAAAUAUAUAAUAGGUAUAUCAUCAUUUCUGUAUGCUUACAUAGUUGAAUGAAUGUCAAACAAAUUUGAUUGUUCAUAAACGUGGCUGACAAGUAAACGUACGCACAGUUGCACAUUCUAACAUAAUCAGAUAGAAUGAAAUUAGAUAUUGUACAUAACACAGAAUGUAGAGGUGCAACAAAGUAUCUUGGUGUACAUAGGUGAAAAUUUAUCUACACCAAGAUCAAUCAUGUAUAUUAUGAAUAAUAAUAGUAAUAUUAUAUUAUUAUAUAAAUAGAGUAAAGAUAGUAUUUUCUGCUGUCAAUUCUUCAACUAAGACUGUGAUUUUUAAAUAAACUAAAUAAUAAUUAGUGCUCAUAA